CGCGCCGGAAGAUAUCUUCCUUUAGACUUCCUGCUCUGAUCGUGUUGUGUCGGGGAGUGUUCAGUAGAUCUAAUUUACAGAAAUGCCGCCGAAAAGAGGAAAGGUACAGAAGGAAGAAGUUCAAGUCUCUCUUGGACCUCAACUUCGCGAAGGGGAAGUUGUCUUUGGGGUUGCUCACAUUUUUGCAAGUUUUAACGAUACCUUUGUUCACGUGACCGAUCUUUCGGGCAGAGAAACUAUUGCCAGAGUUACUGGUGGAAUGAAAGUCAAAGCAGAUCGUGAUGAAGCUUCCCCAUAUGCUGCUAUGCUUGCUGCUCAAGAUGUAGCAGAGAAGUGCAAAUCCCUUGGAAUCACAGCACUUCACAUUAAAUUAAGGGCUACAGGAGGAAACAAAACGAAAACACCUGGCCCUGGUGCGCAGUCUGCUUUGCGUGCACUCGCUCGUUCUAGCAUGAAGAUCGGUCGCAUAGAAGAUGUAACACCGAUUCCAUCUGACUCUACGCGUAGGAAGGGUGGUCGCCGUGGACGUAGGCUGUAAAUUAUGGUUCUAUGCGUGGUUUAUUAUCUUUCAAAAAUAAAUAUUUAAAAAAGAAA